CCCAACCAGGGGUGUGAAUCCCCAGACAAAGUAGCUCCUAAUCCCUCCACCACAAUAAGGUGGAACAUAACAUACAAAAAUGUCAAGUACAAAGUCACCCGAUGUCUAUGUUAUUCACGUCUCGCCGCAAUGGAUGUCAUUCCGGUCUUCCAGAACCCCUUGCAUCUUGCUUGGAGUCCCGCGGAGAAGCCAUACAUCCCCAGAUAGCGAUACAUGAUUCCAUUGUAUUAAUAUCUGUACCGAAGUCAUCCCAUAGUACCCCACUCAACUGACUCUUGGAUUAAAACUUCCAGUUUGCAAGUCACCAAUGGAUUCCGCCACACUGCUGCCCACCACGCCGUCUCAGGCCCCUCAGGCGGACAUGUCCGCUUACUUGUGGCUCUUGAUCUUGGGCUUCGUGAUUGCCUUCGUCCUGGCUUUUUCCGUCGGGGCCAACGACGUGGCCAACUCCUUCGGUACGGCGGUCGGCUCCGGGGUGGUCACCUUGCGACGGGCCUGCGUCCUGGCGACCGUCUUUGAGACGGUGGGCUCGGUCGUGCUGGGGGCCAGGGUCAGCGAGACCAUCCGAAAGGGCAUCAUUGACGUCCAGAUGUACAACGGUUCUGAACACGUCCUGAUGGCGGGGUCGAUAAGUGCAAUGUGGGGUUCUGCUGUGUGGCAGUUGGCAGCCUCCUUCCUGAAGCUGCCCAUUUCUGGAACUCACUGCAUCGUUGGAGCCACAAUAGGGUUUUCCAUGGUGGCCAAGGGUCAUCACGGGGUCAAAUGGGUGGAGCUUCUCCGCAUAGUGGCCUCCUGGUUCCUGUCGCCGGUCCUGUCUGGCAUCUUGUCAGGGAUUCUCUUUUAUUUUGUCCGCAAAUUCAUUCUUAAUAAGGCCGACCCGCUGCCCAACGGCCUCCGAGCUCUCCCGCUGUUCUACUCCAUCACCGUGGGGAUCAACCUGCUCUCCAUCAUGUUUACAGGCGCACCAAUGUUGGGGUUUGACAGGAUGCCGUGGUGGGGCACGCUGUGCAUCGCGGUAGGAUGUGCUGUCGUCACAGCGUUGCUGGUUCGCUUUGUCGUCUGUCCGCGCCUGAAGAGAAAAAUCAAUCAAAAAAUAGGCGCUGCUCCCGGUGAGACUCCUCUGAUGAAGAAGAACACUAACCGGGACGCUCAAGGAGUGCCGAUAGCAUUACCCCAGCACCCUCAACCGCAGAGCCCGCCAAAAGAUACUCAGAAUAUUGCUUUUAAACUUGGAGGCUCGGAAGAGGCGGACCUCGACAUGGAGCCCAAAGACUCUGAUGUCAGUAACGGUCUAGAUAGCAGUGUCGAUCCCAUGAUUAUCACAGAUCCUCACGGCGGACGACUGCAGACAAUCCAGAAAGACCCGGGUCUCUACAAAGACCUUCUCCACAAGCUGCACAUUGCCAAGGUGGGCGACUGCAUCGCUGACAGUGACGCAGAGGAGCGGCCCAUGCGGAGGAACAACAGCUACACCUCCUACACCAUGGCCAUCUACGGCAUCCACGGAGAACCCAAGAACAAGGACAACGACGACUGGACGCGGAGGUCCCGAGUGGACAGCUACAGCAGCUUCAACUCGGCAAUGAGCAGAGGAAGUUCGGCCAAGGAUGCCAGCGAGCCCGCUUGGGAGCAUCCUCCCGAGGAAGAUGAGCUCGAGCUCGACCAACCCGCCGUUUCCUGUCUUUUUCAGUUCCUUCAGAUACUAACGGCGUGCUUUGGCUCCUUUGCCCACGGCGGAAAUGAUGUCAGCAACGCUAUCGGUCCCCUUGUGGCCCUCUGGAUUUUGUACGAUAGCGGUUCUGUUGCAUCCAACGCAGCGACUCCUAUCUGGCUCCUUCUAUACGGCGGCGUAGGCAUCUGCGCCGGGCUGUGGGUAUGGGGUCGCAGGGUGAUUCAGACCAUGGGGAAAGACCUUACGCCCAUUACACCCUCUAGCGGCUUCAGCAUCGAGCUGGCCUCCGCCCUGACAGUGGUUGCGGCGUCCAAUCUCGGCCUCCCCGUCAGCACCACGCACUGCAAGGUGGGAUCUGUGGUAGCUGUGGGAUGGCUGCGCUCAAGGAAAUCAGUGGACUGGCAUUUGUUCCGGAACAUUUUUAUCGCCUGGUUCGUCACCGUUCCCGUCGCAGGUCUCAUCAGCGCUGCCAUCAUGGCUCUGUUCAUUUACGUCAUUCUCUGA